AUGAACAAUACGAUAUUCACCACAAUAAAUCUCCAAGGCAAUAGAAUCAGAGCAAUCGGAGCACAACAUAUUGGUGAUGCAUUAAAGAAUAACAAGACAAUCACCAUACUAAAUCUCCGCCAUAAUCACAUUGCAGAUGAAGGAACACAACAUCUUAGUGAUGCAUUAAAGAAGAAUUCAACACUCACUACACUAAAUCUUCGCUACAAUCAAAUCGGAGAAGAAGGUGCAAAAUAUCUUGCUGAUGCAUUAAAGAACAAUACGGUAAUCUUUAUUCCCUUCUGA